CCUUAAGCGGUAAUUGUUUACUAACCUAUUGUAAAUCUACAAAUAAUCCUACUCUCUAUUGAGGUGCCACUAAACUAACCUGUACACAAUCCAUUUUAUAAUCCACUUGUAUGUAAAAUGUAGGUAACAAACCGAAGAAAUUAAACAUUACAUCACUGGUUCUUCGUGAAGCAUCUGUAGAAGUGAGAAGAAACACCAGAAAAACAUUGUCAGGGAAUGAUUGACACACAUCUUAGAUUUGUAUAAGCAGCUCAAGUCCUUAAAACCUUAGGCAUAUUUGUGCUACUAGACAGUAGACCCUGAUCUAGCAGGUCGCACGCAGUCUGACAAUUUACUAACGUUCAUCACAUCACUGUGUGUUCAUCCCCUGCUCAAUGGAAGAAGGAAACAAAAUACUUAUCUUCAAUAAUCCUUUUCAUACGGCUCCAUUUUUGAUAUCGAUUCUGGGAAUCUUCUCGGUCUUCUCCUUGUGCUGGUUAGUUCGAGAUCGGCUGAAAAUCCAAGCUAUCCACGAGAAAUAUGUCUUGAUCACUGGAUGUGACACUGGCUUUGGGAACAUGCUGGCAAACCAACUGGACAAACAAGGCUUUCACGUCAUUGCUGCUUGUUUAACACACAAAGGGACAGAGGAAAUCCAAGCAAAUUCUUCUUCCCGACUAAAGGCAGUCCUGCUUAAUGUCACCAACCAAGAGAGCAUUAAGAAAACAGUGGAGUUCAUCCAAAUAUUAGUUGGAAAUCAAGGCUUGUGGGGUUUGGUGAACAAUGCUGGGAGAGCAACUCCGAUAGGACCCACAGAAUGGCUGACACUGGAAGAUUUUCACCACGUUUUGGAUGUGAAUCUACUCGGCCUUAUUGACGUGACUCUGCAUUUGCUGCCUCUGAUCAAAGAGGCCAAGGGGAGGAUUGUGAAUGUUGCCAGUGUAAUGGGACGCAUUUCGUUUGCUGGCGGUGGCUAUUGUUUAUCGAAAUGCGGUGUGGAAUCUUUCUCGGACAGUUUAAGGAGAGAUAUGCAACAUUUUGGAAUGAAAGUCAGCAUUAUUGAGCCAGGCUUCUUUAAGACCGGAGUUACGAAUUUAGACAUGAUUGAGAAAGAUCUUCUACGGCUCUGGGAAAGGCUUGCCCCUGAGGUCAAGGAAUAUUAUGGAUUGAAAUACUUUAAAAAUUAUGUUAAAGUGCAACGGUUCUCAAUGUGGUACCUGUGUGAUUCUGAUCUCUCCAAAGUCACGAAGUGCAUGGAACAUGCACUCACAGCCAAGUAUCCACGGAGUCGUUACAGCGCUGGCUGGGAUGCCAAGUUUUUCUGGAUUCCUAUCUCGUACGCACCCUCAUGCGUAGCAGAUUAUAUGCUGCGUUUCUUUUUACCCAUCCCUGCAUACUCCACGAGAAAGCUAAAAGUCAGAAACUCAAUCAAUGUGUAACUGUGAUGGGAUUUGCCGUUAAGGUCACAUUAGCAUUAAAUAACUAUUUCCCUA